AGGACAGGGACUUCAGCAACAGCUACAACUUCAUGUUGGGCAUCCUUUGUCCCGAGAAGCAGCAGAUCCUCCUGUCUUCUGCGGAUCUUUUCACCACCUCUGUCUAUCGGCCAGUGCCAGAGACCUCUGAAGAGGCCAAGGCCUACGCAGAUCAACGGCGACGUGUCACGGAAGGCUUUGGAACUGACAAGAAAGUGCGGCAGAAUCACCUCAUGAGAGAACGUAUCGAGCGCAACUGCGAAGUGGCAGAUUCAGAGAAGAUCCAAGCGCUGGUUGAGGCCAAAGUGGUGGAACAGCAGCAGGAGAAGAUGCCGCCCUGGGAAAAGGAGAAGAACGAAAGAGAGAAGAACUUGCCGCCUUUCUUGGACGAUUGGGAUCACGCCAGCGACAUCUAUCGUGAAGGCCUAGAAGUCAUCGCGUCGCAGAAGAACUACAAGUACGAGAAGAAGUUGUUGGAUGAUAGUACCACGGGAUUGAAUCGUGUCGAUCAACAUUUGAUCAUCAAAAGUGAGUAA